AUUUAGUUUAUUUACAUUAAAGUUAAAAAUAAUUAAAAUGGAAAAUAAUAAUAGCCUAGGUAAGCUUGCCGAGGAGUCUAUAAAACGAAAGGAGCGCCUACAAAAGUUACGUGAGCAGGCUAAAAAAUCAUCACAAAAUGCGGGAUCUACAGAAUCUGAUGAAAAAUUGCCAAAGCCAAUAUUCCGCAGUUACAAGCCGCAAAAUGAACAUACUAUGGGGGAAGUGCUGCCCCAGGAGCCAACGGGCAACAUCGAAAGUGCAGUUGAGUCUCAGCUUAACUUGCUGGAUCAGCCCAUGGUCAUUGAUGAGAUAGACAUUACUAACCUAGCACCGCGCAAACCUGACUGGGAUCUUAAGCGCGAUGUGAGCAAGAAAUUGGAGCGCCUAGAACGGCGCACACAGAAAGCGAUUGCGGAGCUCAUCCGUGAAAGGCUGAAAUUGAAUCAGGUGGAGGAUUUAAGCCAGGCUGUGAAUGUGGCCACAGCCCAUGUCGGCGAGCAUGCACAGGAAGAUCUUGACUAGUGUAUAUCCAUAGCAAAACAUUUAAUAUAACUAAGCCAAAAUAUACAUAAUUUAAUAAAUACAAAUUUAAAUAAU